GGUUUCUCCAUUGUCUCCGCUGACCCUCGGCUGAGUCGGCUCGCUGCGCACCAGGGCUGGAGUGGCGCGCUCAGCCGGGAUUUCUCGCACUCUGCCUUCGACCACAGUAUUCAGGUGGCCCAAAAACAGCCCUUUGUGAGCCGAAUAUACUCAUGGGAAGUUCGGCAAGCCACGGGUAACGGAAGCCAUCCUGCCGCGCUUGGCUUUCCCCAUGUCAGUCCUCCCCGCGUCCCCAGUCGUACUCGUGACGGGAUGCAGUACCGGCGGGGCUGGAUUCGCCUUGUGCAAGGCGUUUAAAGCCAGAGGAUGCGUAGUCUACGCCACCUCUCGCAGGCUCGAGACUAUGCAGGGUCUUGAGAGCGAGCGCAUCCAUCUCCUGGAGAUGGAUGUCGCGCGUGAUGACCAUGUCAACGACGUUGUGACCAGGAUUGUCGAGGAAGAAGGCCGAAUAGAUGUCCUCGUCAACAAUGCGGGUACGGUUGCUGCUGGCGCUCUCAUUGAUAACACGAUGGAUCACGUAAAGAGCGUCUUUGAUGUGAACACUUUCUCUGUCGUGCGCCUCGCGAAAGCGGUGGUCCCAAUUAUGGCAAAGCAGAAGAGCGGACGUAUCGUCAAUAUCGGCUCCGUUGUGGGAGACACGCCAACACCUUUCAACGGACUAUACGCCGCAUCCAAAGCUGCCCUUCACAGUUUCAGCGACGUCCUCGCCAUGGAGCUCCGCCCCUUCAACAUCGAUGUGAUGCUCGUUACCCCAGGCGGAAUCCGCUCCAACAUCGCCAACAACGGCGCUCGGGCCUUCGAGCAACCCGAAGACUCGCUCUACAAGAACUACAUGAACGCUAUCAUGAGGCGCAUCAACCUCAGCCAGAGUAUGGGACCAUGGAGCGCGGAGGAGUUCGCAGAGGAUGUCGUCUCGAAGUGCUUGAGGAGGCAUCCGCCGGCGCAUGUCAUCAAUGGAAAAGGCUGGCAGGCGUUCCUACUGCUGAAGUGGCUCCCUCGGACUUGGGCCCUGUACAUCUUCAGUUGGAUUUACAUGAAGCCAGAUGCUUGAUUGUCCUCGUAGCUACAGCCAAAUGCAGGUCUUUCCCUGCCCA